AUGAAUAAAAAUGUAGGAACAAGGAACGAUGUUUAUCAACAACAGAUUAUCGAAUGCUUUGAAGAUGUAUAAAAUCAGAUUGAAGUAAAAUAUGUGAUUAAUCAAUUUACUAGUGUUCAUUCAACAAAAUGGACUUUUAUUUAGAUUCACUUGUAAAUAAUACUUCUGAUUCAUUGAAUCUAAAUACCUUUUAAAAACAACAUUGUAUACCUAUAUUGAACACUCCUUUAAUUAAAUUUGAGAAUUCAAACUUUGCUUAAUCAUUAUGUUAAGACAUAUAAUCAUUAAUCAAACUUAAUAUUAAAAAUUAAAUUAAAACCAAAGAACAAUCAUUAAAUUAAACUAAUCAAUUAAAUCUCAAACAAUUCACUUAUCAAUUAAUCCCACAAUAUUCAAUUUCAUAAACUUAAUUUUGUUUUACAAUAGCUAUUAAUGAAGAUUGUUCAAUAUUAUUAGUUGGAUGUAAGAGUCAAAUAAAAGUAUUUGAAUUCAAGUAAGGAAUCACAAAACAAACUUAAAUUAUAAGUGAUUAUUAGAAUGAUGUAUAUACUUUAAACUUCAUGAAGAAAUCAAAUUAGUUUAUAUCUGGGAGUAUAGAUAGUUCUAUGAUUAUAUGGUAAUUAAAUUAAAAUAAUUAUUGGAUUCCCUUACACAAAUUAAAUGGACAUACUGGUUCUAUAUAUUGUCUAAUAUUAAAUAACAAUGAAGAUUUAAUUGUAUCAGGAAGUAGUGAUAAAAAAAUUAAAUUUUGGAUGAAGAAGAAUGAAUGGUCGUGUUACUAAACAAUCAAAGAUCAUUCUAGUGAUGUAUAUGGUUUAAGUUUAAAUUUAUAAUAAAAUAGAGUUGUAUCUUGUGGUUGGGAGAAUUUAAUAUUAAUAAUGGAACAAUAAGGACAGAAUAAAGAAUGGAUUGUAAUAUAAAAGAUUAAACUUGAAUAAUGUGCAUUGCGAGUAUGCUUUAUUGAUAAUAGUAUGUUCGCAUUAUCAUUAUAUCAGAAACAAUAGAUAUCUAUUUUUGAGAUGAACAGUACAAAUUAAUAGUUACAAAGACUACAGAUAUUCAUGUAAAAUGUGGAUCAGAUUGUAAUAGUUUAUUUCCUUAAUAAUAUAUAAAUUCAAAAUGCAUUCUUGUGAGUAAGAAUGGCUAAUAUGUCAAUUUGAUAAGGAAAACAUUAAAUGGACAGUUUGUAACUCAAUAAUCUAUUCAUUUUAAUACAAAUUCAUUAUUUGGAGUAAUGAGUGAUAAUGGAGAGUAUUUGAUCACAUGGGAUAAUCAAUCAAAUUAAAUACAAAUCAGAACAUAUUAACAAUUAUGA